ACGGGCGUUCGAGCCUCACGUUUCGUGGAGCGCGCUUUAAAUUUAAAUAUUUUUAUUUUUCUACCUCCCCGCCCCCCACGCCGUUUAGUUUGAUUUAUUCAUAUUUAUAUUUUUUUUUUGUUUUUUAUUUUUAUAUUUCUGUUUUUUGUAUUUCUACGCCGCAAUUCAAUUCCGAUUUCGAUUCCAACUUAAACAAUAAACAACAAAAAGGAAAAUGCAAUCGUCGCGACUUUUGUAGAAUUUUGAAAUCGUUUCUAUAUAUUGAGACGCACGGAGAAAUAAUCAAACAAACAAAUAUUUAUUUCAUUUUCAAUUGGCGCCUAUUGAACAUUGAUAAUGGAAGUCUACACAUCGGACAGCUCCGAUACGGAUUCGCGUGAGCAGAAGACCAUCGAUUUCGGUCGCAUGAAUCUGGAUUUGAUUACGCUGGAGGAUCACCUCAGUUCGCCGCACAAAGCCCUGGCCAAGUCGAAAAGCGACAUCGAGACGCUGUUGCUCAAUCACAAUCGUUUGGUCGGCCUGCCCAGCAUAUUGCAACAGUUCACCAAUCUGAAGAUACUCGACCUUAGCUCCAAUGCCUUGACUCAGCUCCCUGAUGCCAUUUGCCAAUUGCCAUUGGUCACUCUGAUUGCCAAAAAUAAUCUAUUGACCAACUCUUCGCUGCCCAAAUCGUUUAUGACCAAACAACAGACUGGCAAUGGCGGCUCAACACUGAAGGAGCUGAAUCUAAGUGGCAAUCAGUUGACCCACUUUCCCGAGCAGGUCACAGAGAUGCGACAGCUCAAGUAUCUGUAUGUGGGUGGCAACAAGAUCUCAAGCAUAUCCAAGGAUAUAUGGAAAAUGCAAGGUCUUCAUGUACUCUCACUGGGUGGCAAUCUUAUCAACGAGGUCCCCGAGACGGUGGGCUCUUUGAGCCAGUUGCAAGCCCUGGUCCUAUGCGAUAACCUCAUCGAGAAUCUGCCCAUGAGCAUAGCCCGGCUGAAGAACCUCAAAUCGCUGCUGCUCCACAAGAAUCGACUCAGGCACUUGCCCAAGGACAUUGUGGCCCUCAAGAACCUAACCGAGCUGAGUCUGCGUGACAAUCCGCUGGUGGUGCGUUUCGUUCAGGACAUGGCUCUGAAGCCACCCACCCUGCUGGAGCUGGCCGGACGCAUGGUCAAGGCCAGCGGCCAACGACCAGGACCCUAUGACAUUCCUCGCACCCUGGCCGAAUAUCUGAACAGUGCCAAUUGCUGUGUCAAUCCCAAUUGCAAGGGCGUCUUCUUUGACAAUCGCGUGGAGCACAUCAAGUUUGUGGACUUCUGCGGCAAAUACCGUGUCCCAUUGCUGCAGUAUCUCUGCUCCUCCAAAUGCAUUGAGCCCGAGCAGACGGCAUUGCGGGCGCCCAGCAGCAACAAUGCCAGUGCCAGCAGCGGCUUCAUGAUGCGCAAAGUCCUGCUGGGCUAAGGCAUCGGGAGCGGCAAAUGGAGCGCGUGCAAAGCGGGUGCAACAACGCAACGUUUUGCCCGUGGAGCAGGCAUGCAGCAAUCGCUCGCUCGGAAAUUGUGAAAUAAAACAAAAACACGGAACCAAACACGGCUGUGGCGUUGCGGCGGCAGGGUCGCCGUUCAGUGGAAACCAUUGACUCUAUCAACAUGUUAACAAAUUUGAAUCGAUUUGCUAAUUAUACAUAUUUUGUUUGUUUGUUAUGCCUUAUACCCUACCCUUAUACCCAAUUAUAUGCCAAAGAAUUUGUCAUUUUGUUUGAUUUACCUA